AGUUGCCAUAUCAUGUUUAUCUGAGGUCACGUUAGGUUCCUGUUUCCCUUCCGCUGGAGGGGAGGAGACAGAGGAGGCCUGUAUAAAGGGAGCAGAAGACUGCUGGCAGACAGAUAAACUGUACUGCACAUCCAGAGCGGAACAGGGAAUCACUGAGGAUAAAAACCAAACUAACAAACCUGCAAGAUCCUUUUCCUUACUGUGCUACAAUGGAGUCAGAGAAGAAGAUAUCAGCAGUGCAGAUGACGGACAGCGAUCUGUCAGAGCAAAUCAAACAGGUGACAAAGGACUGUCACGAGAGGGCAGAAAACACAGAGCUGAUGCUGAGCUUUCAGAGAGGAAAGGUCACCCUGCCACAGUUCAAGGUCCUCUUGUGCUCGCUGUACGAGGUCUACCAGGCCUUGGAGGAAGAAAUGGACAGGAACUCAAACCACCCCGGGGUUGCACCCAUUUACUUCCCCGCCGAACUGGCCAGACUGAAGACCCUUGCCAAAGACCUGGAGUUUUUCUACGGCCAAAACUGGAGAGAGAAAAUAGUUGUCCCUGCAGCCACUAAAAGAUACUGCCACAGAAUCAGACAGCUUGGUAGAGAAAACCCUGAGUUUCUGAUUGCCCAUGCUUACACCCGGUACCUCGGUGACCUCUCUGGAGGGCAGGUCCUUGGUCGCAUCGCCCAGAAGUCUCUGGGGCUGAAGAGCAGCGACGGCCUGUCAUUCUUCGCCUUCCCCGGCGUGUCCAGCCCCAACCUCUUCAAACAGCUGUACCGCAGCAGGAUGAACAGUGUGGCGCUGACGGAGGAGGAGAGGAACGGUGUGCUCGAGGAGGCGGUCAGAGCUUUUGAGCUUAAUAUUCAGGUCUUUGACGAUUUGCAGAAGAUGGUGAAUAUCUCUGAAAACACUCAGCAGAAUUAUUCAACUAAAUCCACAGCAGUGAACACGCUGCAGUUCUCAAACACUUUGAUCAAAGCCAGCCCACUGUUCACCAUGGUCCUGGGACUUUUUGUGGCUCUGGCCACAGUCAGUAUGGGAAUCUACGCAUUUUAGAGACAAUAAUAAAAAGUAAUGCUAUGAAUUGACCUGCUUCUGUUUAGGUUUUAUGAGCUAUUUGCUUUUGUACUGUAAAACUGUUGAAAACCCAGACCUGGUUCAAAUCUUGGAAGAUGUUCCAGUCUGUAAAUAAGAUAUUAGUGCGUCUAUUUUUCUAAUCGUAUGAGAAUCUCUUUAUAUUGUGUAUGAAUGGAAGCUUUGUGAUGAUUGUAAUCUUACACUGUUAUCUAGCGUGCUUUGGCGUAUUCGUGUCAUGUUCUGUAAAUAAAUCACCUUUUUAUGAA